AUGGCGGCUCGAAAACCGAAGAAGGCGGGAUUCUCCAAGGCAUCGAAGUUCAUCAUAUGGGGCUGGAUAGUGAUGUUUAUUGCCAUUUUCAUCUUUGCCAUCGGUAUCGGGACUGACUAUUUGGUGCGCACGUAUGAAGGGGAAAGAGAGUACAGUCGUGGAAUGUGGAAAUUUUGCCGGGCGGAAAAUAUUAACAUCCUGCCAUACAGAUAUGAAAUCCGAUGUUACACCCUUGACGUCACCGGUUCAAAACCAUGGCAGUCCAAGGUCCGUAACAUCCAAGCCAUGGAGGCUUUGGCAUUGGUGGUCCAGCUCGUAUUAGCCAUCUUCCUUAUCCCUGUCUACAUUUUGAUUGGUCGAUUAAACAGCAAGCCGAUGGCAGGGAUACUCAUGGCACUGGCCUUCAUAGCAGGAGCGCUGAUAGUCGUGGGCAUGGCACUCUUCUGGAUCGACUUCAUUGACCAGGGCAUUGGAUCUCUUGGAUUCUCCUGGCCAGUCGUCAUGGCAGCGGCGUUCUUUACUUUCGUUUCCUUCGCCCUACUUCUGGUGGAGUUCAUCAAAUAUAAGCCGUAA